CUUUCGUUAUGACGCCCGUGACAGUCCGAGUUGAUUUUUGACCCAAGGCAAGUCAACCUACAGUGAUUUGGAUAAACACUGUUUAAGAGCUAUUGGGAUCAUGCAGUGAAUCGCUCCUGGCACUGACUGGUGGUUCGGGACACUGCGUCCUCUCAUCUUCUGGGUUUCUCUAGUGUCCGAUGCCAGGAUGGCGGCAGACGUCCACAAUAAGGGUGCUCCCUGGGAGGUUAAAAAUGGCAGCUUGAUGCCAUCAGAUCGACUCCGGCAGUACCGAUCGGACAGUCCGACCCCAGGGCUGGUGGAGGGGACAGAGCCAGGUGCUGGACAGGAGGACGCCAUGUUUGUCCACGCCCAGUCUUUUGAGGACCUGACUGCUGACGAUGACAAAUCUGCAGAGGUGGGUGACUCAAAUGUAGAGAAUGCUCAAGAAGAGGCUGUGGAAGGAGGUGAGGAGGAGGUGCAGGAGGAAGGUGUAGUAGUUGAACAGGAGGAAGGAAGGAAAGAGGAGGUUCGGAACAGCAACAAGGCAAAAGAAGAGGAUGUGACAAGUGAAACAUGGCGGAGUCACAGGAAGCAUAUGUUUGUCUUGAGCGAAGCGGGGAAACCCAUCUAUACACGUUACGGAACAGAGGAAGCGCUCUCCAGCAUCAUGGGAGUCAUGAUGUUACUCAUGUCAUUUGUAGAAGAUAAGAAGAACAUCAUACGCUCUAUUCAUGCAGAUGGCUACAGGGUGGUAUUCCUGCGGAAAAGCCCUCUUAUCUUGGUAGGGGUCUCUCGCUCUAACUGCUCCGACCGGGAAUUGACACGAGAGCUUCAGUACGUCUACUACCAGAUCGUUAGCCUGCUCACCCUUACACAACUGAACCACGUCUUCCAGCACCGGCAGAGCUACGACCUGCGCCGCCUGCUAGCUGGCUCAGAGCACCUCACCGAUAACCUUCUGCGGCUCCUCGACCGAGAUCCAGGCCUGCUGCUAAGUGCUGUGAUGUGCCUGCCUCUGGCCAGCUCGACCCGUGACGUGGUCUCAUCCAGCUUGCAGGCUGCUAAAGCCAAGAACCUGGUAUUCUCCAUCCUGCUAGCAGGAAACAGGUUGGUGGCGCUGGUCCGCAAAAAAGACCAGUUUCUGCAUCACAUGGACUUGCACUUGCUCUUCAACUUGGUCGGCUCUUCUUCAUCCUUCCGAGAAGGCGAAGGGUGGACGCCCAUAUGCCUACCCAAGUUCAACCCAGCUGGAUUUUUCCACGCGCAUAUCUCUUACCUUGAACCGGCAUCGGAUCUGUGUCUUAUCCUGGUGUCCACAGAUCGUGAGGAUUUCUUUAAUCUCUCGGACUGUAAGAAGCGGUUCCUAGAGCGCUUGCGCAGACGCAGUGCAUAUCAAUCCCUGCAGGAAGCGCUGAACACGCCGAGUUAUCCUGUCUCACAAGUUGGCAUACCAGAGCUGCGGCACUUCGUGUACAAGUCUAAAAGCUCUGGGCUCUAUACAAGCCCUGACCUUCCAACACCAUACCAGGGAGAAGAGGAACACGAGAGGCUGAUGGGAUUGUACCAGUAUCUACACAGCUGCCUGCAUCACCCCACACGCCCCUUGCGCUACAUCUACCGCUGCACAGAGACUGAGAACCUUUAUGCCUUGGUGACAAGUGGCUUUGAGCUCUACCUCUGCUUCAGUCCUCUGGGAACAAAGGGCCUGGCUGUGUCUGCUGUCAACAAACUCCUGAAGUGGAUCAGGAAGGAGGAGGAUCGUCUGUUCAUACUCAGUCCCUUAACAUACUGACCCAGUUCAGGCAGUUCUGAACACCAGAAACACUAGUGAACAUCUGACCCCAGACUGCUGAAAGAUCAGCGUCUGCGCUCCUACUUGAAUGAAUAAAGAUGCAAACAGAUGCUGUCAGAUAUUAAGGGCUUGAUUGAUAUUUUGAACACUGGUGAAGUACAGUCGGUGUAAUCAGGAAAAUUUGAAACUGAGUAAAGGGCAUCUAACCAUUCCUAUAAGCAAAGUAUGACGUAUGAUAUUUAGAGAUAGUUGCUUUUAAACAUGGCCCUGUAAGCAGCAGCAAAACAUUGAAGGCAGUCGAUUAGCACUAACAAUCUACUAAAUGCUCACAAUGUUUUUACACUACUGUGUGAACUAAACAUCUAGGCCUGUGCUUUUUACUAGACCAGUCACUGUUUCAACUUAACAUCUGUAUUGAGCCAAGUUAACAAAUAUUACUGAUUGCAUUAAUAGAUUAUUGAGCUGUGGCCUUCACAUUUCCUUUAUUUCCAGUAGAAUAUAAACUAGUCUUUAUCAUGGCUUGAAUGUUGUUUCCAGUCUGGCAACAUGCAGAUAAGUGUGGUUUGGUGAGACUAAAAGUAUUUUCUAGAUAUCCAAACUGAUUUUAUCUUUGUAACAGCCAUUUCAUUUUAGAGACGUGACUGAGUAGGUGCAAAUUCCUGAAGAGGAAUCCAAAAGUGAAUUAGUCUGUAUAAAGCUAAAGAUCUUCAUCUCUUUGUUGAUGUGUCAAAUGUUUCAAAGACUGACCAUAUAUUGCUACUGAGGGCUUCCCCAAAUCCCCAAAGGACCAGUUGAAUCAGAGAUACCUCUGAAGUAACGUUUUACGUAAUGCUUUUCUUUCAUGUUUCAUAGAUGCACUUGAUUGUUAAAUUGCUACUAAUGCUUUUUUUGAAUGAAUAGGAUACGUGACACUGUGUGUCAUUGCUCAUUUAUGGUGUUGUUAUUCCAGUCUUUUAGGAAAUCAUGGGAUAGUUAUGUUAAUAUACCAGAGGAAACUAGUUUGCAAUUUGCAUAUCUGGUGUUUCAAAACUGUUGCUAGUGGUGACGGCACUCAUGUUUCUGUUUAGUUUCUGUUUAAAGCUAUAUUGACACCGGGCGUUAUGUUGAAAACAAUCAAAAAUAAUUAAAUCAAUUUAUGAAGACAUGUAUUGUUUGCCACUUGUUUUCCCUUUUGCUCAGCUUUCUCAGAAAUUCCUCAAAUCAAAACGUUACAUGAGAUAUUUAUAUAGAGUACUAGUCAUUAUUAUCUCUUCUGCUCACCAAGCCUGCAUUUAUUUGAGCCAAAGCACAGCAAAAAACUGUAAAAAUGUUGAAAUAUUUUUGCUAUUUAAAAAAAGCUGUUUUCUAUUUGAAUAUUGAAUAUAAUUUAUUUCUGUGAUUUCAAAGCAAAAUUUUCAGCAUCAUUACUCCAGUCUUCAGUGUCACAUGAUCCUUCAGAAAUCAUUCUAAUAUGCUGAUUUGCUGUUCAAGAAACAUUUUUUAGUAUUAUUAUCAAUAUUUAAAACUUUAAAUUUUUAAAAAUUAAUACUUUUAUUUAGCAAGGAUGCUUUAAAUUGAUCAAAAGACAUUUAUGAUGUUACAAAAAGUUAUAUUUCAGAUAAAUGCUGUUCUUUUGAAUUUUCUAUUUGUUAAAGAAACCUGAAAAAAUUCUACUCAACUGUUUUCAACAUAAAAGUAAUAAUAAAUGGUGUUUGAGCAGCAAAUCAGAAUAUUAGAAUGAUUUCUAAAGAAUCAUGUGACGAGUAAUGAUGCUAAAAUAUCAGCAGAAAUCACAGGAAUAAAUUACAUUCCAAUGUACAUCACAAAUUACAAAAAAUAUAUUAAGAUAGAAAA